CAGUUGCCAGCGGAACUUCCGCCUGUCAUUUCCUCCAGAACAAACAGCUUGGGCUUUCAAAGUCACUGGGAUUUCCUAGGUAACAGGAGUGUAAACUUGAGAAAAGGCAGGACCUGCAUAAGAGUGACAGCGAGCUCAGCCAAUCAGACCAUGAGUCUGCUGCAGCAUUUCCAGGCCAUCCAAUUAGCACUGAAAGCUUUGAAGGGCAGGGACACCUUAGGAAGACAGGUAAGAGGGAGGAGACACAGGGCCGUAGGAGGAUACUAGAGUUCCCAGGUGCAGAAGUCUGUGUCCAUAGUUUCAGCUUGAAGCAACCUGUGGCUACAGAUUAGAUUCCAGAUGGCAGGGACAGCACGCCAUGACCGUGAGAUGGCAAUCCAAUCCAAGAAAAAGCUCUCCACAGCUACUGAUCCUAUUGAAAGACUGAGAUUACAAUGCCUGGCCAGGGGCUCCGCAGGCAUCAAAGGACUUGGCAGAGUGUUUCGGAUUAUGGAUGACAACAACAACCGAACCCUUGAUUUCAAAGAGUUUUUGAAAGGGUUAAAUGAUUAUGCCGUGGUCAUGGAGAAAGAAGAGGCAGAAGAACUUUUCCGGAGAUUUGAUAGAGAUGGAAAUGGGACGAUAGACUUCAAUGAGUUCCUUCUCACAUUAAGACCCCCAAUGUCCAGAGCCAGAAAAGAGGUAAUUAUGAAAGCUUUUAGGAAGUUAGACAAAACUGGAGAUGGCGUUAUAACCAUUGAAGACCUUCGCGAAGUUUAUAACGCUAAACACCAUCCGAAGUACCAAAAUGGGGAAUGGACAGAGGAGCAAGUCUUCCGGAAAUUCCUGGACAACUUUGAUUCACCGUAUGACAAAGAUGGGCUGGUGACCCCUGAGGAGUUCAUGAACUACUAUGCAGGUGUGAGUGCGUCCAUUGACACUGAUGUGUACUUCAUCAUCAUGAUGACAACUGCCUGGAAGCUCUAAAUGCCUGACCCAUGGAGACAGCCACGUAACUCCAAAUGAUCAAACCUCAACCCCAAAACUCAGAAUGAUAUUUUAUUUCAUGUUCAUUGCACAGCUUCUUCUUUACCAAUACACUAUAUUUUCUAGGGCUGACAUAAGAGCAGAAAUAAAGUCACUAAGUAAUUAACUGUG